AUGGCUGACGAUAGCGUGAUCAUAGCUCCUCAUAGAGGCUUCAGCAAUAAAGCUCGUGAAGUAUUGCUUGGACAUGAUGGCUAUCCAAGAAUGCCACCUAAAUCUUCCAGUGAAUACGAUUUGAGAAAACGACUGAAGCUGUGUUCUCUGAUAAAACGGACUGAUAGUCAAAAUACUACAUCAAACAAAUCCCAGUCGUCUACCCAAUCUGUACAGGAUCCCCCUUGUUUCGACUCGAUCGGAGAAGAGCCAACCGUUAAACAUCAUUUUAAGCUGUCACAAAUUGGAAAAACAAAAUCUUGUGUUGAAUUCAAAACAACGGACAAACGUCUCAUACGAACCUUCCAAGAAGAUAAUGUUUUAAAAAUGCCAAGUAUGGAUUCGGAUAUGGAUAGUUUGAUGGUAACGAAAUCAGAUUAUGACAUAUUGGAUGUUAAUUACAAGACAAGCCUCUAUGCUAUUUCUGAUGAGGAAAAGAAACGAGAUGUCAAGAAAUGGUUGGAACAAUCGCAAUAA